AUGAAGCUCAACAUUUCCUACCCGGCCAAUGGGUCGCAGAAGAUCGUCGAAAUCGACGAUGAACGCAAGCUUCGUCCUUUCAUGGAGAAGCGCAUGGGCACCGAAGUCCCCGGCGACUCUCUCGGUGACGAAUUCAAGGGUUACCUCUUCAAGAUCACUGGUGGUAACGACAAGCAAGGUUUCCCCAUGAAGCAGGGUGUUCUCCUCCCCACCCGUACCCGUCUCCUCCUCGCCGACGGCCACAGCUGCUACCGCCCCCGCCGCACUGGUGAGCGCAAGCGCAAGAGUAUCCGUGGUGCCAUCACCGGUCUCGACCUUGCCGUCCUUGCCCUCAGCAUCAUCAAGCAGGGUGAGGGUGAGGUUCCCGGUCUCACCGACACCGUUGUCCCCAAGAGACUCGGACCCAAGCGUGCCACCAAGAUCCGCAGCUUCUUCGGUCUCGACAAGAAGGACGACGUCCGCAAGUUCGUCAUCCGCCGCACUGUCACCAAGGAGGGCAAGAAGGACUACACCAAGGCCCCCAAGAUCCAGCGUCUGGUCACUCCCCAGCGUCUCCAGCGCAAGCGUCACAGAAUCGCUCUCAAGCGCCGCCGUUCCGAGUCUGCUCGCGAGGCUGCUAACGACUACGCCAAGCUCCUCGCCAGCCGUGUCCACGAGGAGAAGGCCAAGAAGGACGAGCUCCGCAAGCGACGGGCAUCUUCCAUGAGGAAGUAA